GCUUUCACAUGUAAACAUUCCUCCUUUAGCUGCCACAGCUGUUAGCACAUCCCAGAAAGGAAAUGAGUACUCCAACGUGCCUCCAUCGGUUCUAUCUUCCUGUCCGGGAUCAAAGUUACUGCGGUGUCGUCUGAGCUACAACCUUCAGAGUUAAUCAUUGCUUUACAGUGUCGGUGAACAUCACAGGCUGCAUUCACAUUUAUGCUGCGGCCCUGUACCGACACGUUCACCGUCCUGACCGUCGACGCUCCGCUUAAUUCAACUUUUCUGCCGCGACCGACCAGCUGAAAAUGAACACGAGCAGCGCAACCCGCAGCGGGAAGACUUUCCUGUUCACAUCCGAGUCGGUGGGAGAAGGACACUCCGAUAAGAUGUGCGAUCAGAUCAGUGAUGCUGUACUUGAUGCAUACCUGAGACAAGAUCCUGACUCUAAAGUGGCCUGUGAGUGUGUAGCGAAGACGGGGAUGAUCCUACUGGUGGGAGAGGUGACAUCUAAAGCCACUGUGGAUCUCCAGUCAGUGGUACGAGAAACUGUGAAGAAGAUCGGCUAUGAUGACUCCUCAAAAGGUUUUGACUACAAGACCUGCAACGUGCUAGUGGCUCUGGAGCCGCAGUGUGUGGAGAUAUCAGACUGUGUGUUUGAAGGCCGAGACCAGGAGGACAUCGGUGCUGGAGACCAGGGUUUAAUGUUCGGCUACGCCACAGACGAGACUGAGGAGUGUAUGCCUUUAACCCUCCUGCUGGCUCAUAAACUCAACUACAGGAUGAAGGAGCUGUCACGCAGUGGAGAGUGUUCCUGGAUCCUGCCGGACUCCAAAUCACAGGUCACAGUGGAGUAUCGAGACAACAUGGGAGCCAUGGAGCCACUGCGUGUCCACACAGUGGUCAUCUCUGUCCAGCACGGCCCUAACAUCACCCUGGAGGAGAUCAGACACAACCUGAUGGAGAAGGUGGUGAAAGCCGUCAUUCCUGCCAAGUACCUGGAUGAUAAAACCAUCUACCAUCUGUUGCCGAGUGGGAAAUUCCUCAUGGGAGGCCCACAGGGUGAUGCAGGACUCACAGGACGGAAAAUCAUAGUGGAUACCUAUGGGGGAUGGGGUGGACACGGAGGAGGAGCUUUCUCUGGAAAGGAUUAUUCCAAAGUGGAUCGUUCUGGAGCUUAUGCAGCACGCUGGGUCGCCAAGUCUCUGGUCAAAGCUGGACUGUGCAAGAGAGCCCUGGUUCAGAUCUCUUAUGCCAUUAGUGUGAGCCAUCCGCUCUCCAUCACAGUGUUUGACUACGGCACGUCAAGCAGGGACGAAGACGAGCUGCUGCAGAUAGUACAGAAGAACUUUGACCUGAGGCCAGGAGUCAUUGUCAAGGAGCUGGGUUUAAAGCGGCCCAUUUACCAGGCCACUGCCUGCUACGGUCACUUUGGCAGAGCAGAGUUCCCCUGGGAGAAACCAAAGACUCUUGUGUUUUAAGUCUGGGAUUAAACACGUUCCAAUUAUGUCCUGAUAAUCAUUCAUUAAACAAUCAGUAGUCCAGUUUGAGUCACAGACUCCACGUAUCCAGAUGCAGCUUUGCAAAUCAUGUCCUCUGUUCAUUUCUGACCCUAAAUUGUAAAGGCAGUGGUCAGUGCCUUUUAAAAAAUGAAUUAAGGUAUUUUUUUAAAUAAUUAUAAGAAAAAAAUCAGGUGCUGUUGUUUAAGAAACUGUAGUUACUGUUUAAGAAUUAUUUCUUGAAAUAAUUGUGACUUUUUAUUAACGGUUAAAUCCUGUAUUUUUUAUUACUUGAUGAUUAAAAUUGCAUUAAAAAAAUUUUUUUUGUUGUUUUUUUAUAAUAGCUACAACCAGUUGUGGAAUAUAGAAUUUGUUCAAGUACUGUAUUCAAUCUGAGGUACAUUUCCUUGAUGUAAGUAUUUCCAUACUAGUACUUCAACUCAUUGCUUGAUUUGUUUGACAACUGUAUUUACAGUUGUUAAAUCUGUUUUGAUAGUAUUGUGUAUUUUAUACAAUAAUACACAUUGAAUAUAUUACACAGGAAAUUGAAAUUAGCUGCACAUGGACUGACUGAAACGGCAAAAGGCUGCUUUUAUGUGAAACCACCAGUCAUAAUAAAUGAUUUAAUAUAGCAGUUAUGGUAGCAGUUUUGGCAGUCAUCGAACACAAAAAAUGCAGAUUUACGCAUAAUAGUCGUCUAUCUUUUCAUGCAACUCAUGAUUGCUUGUAAAGCAAAAAGAAGAACAAGAAAUCUGAUGAUUAAAAUUACAGAAAUGGAGCAGGAACUGAAAGGCUUCAGAACUUGAA